AUGAUGAGGCACCUAAUCCCCCUGUCCCAAAAAGGAAGCUUGGAAGACCUAGGAAAGAUGGGGGGAACUAUAUUUGACCAAUUCUCUUUAGUUAGGCCUGCUAUACCAAGAAGGGAUGGUGCUCCUCUUGUUUCUGGAUCUGGUGGUCAAGAUGGUGCUCCUCCUGUUUCUGAAUCUGGUGAUCAAGAUAGUGGUCUUGUUGUUAAUCGUAUGAAAAGGACUAAGAUAAUGGCAAGGAGAGGAAGGAAAAAUAAGGUUUCUGGACCAAUGCAAAAAACACCAAAGAAAGCCCAUAGGGUUUUUGAUGACUUUUUCACCCAUACACGUAAUGGUAAGCAACCUAUGAGUCAAGUAAAGGAGGAUAUGUCCCUAAGUUGUGAUGAGGCUUUUGAUGACGCUUUUGCCCAUACACCUAAUGGUAAAAAACCUAUGAGUCAAGAAAAUGAGGAUGUUUAG